UUUCUUAUCGUCUCCAUAUCAAUCGUUUAAUUAUUCAUUUAGACGACUUUAACUUAACGCUGGAUUAAUUACACUUAGCGCUGAAUCGAUACGUAACAUUGUCUCCAGUCUUUUUUUGGGGGGGGGCCUUCGUCAACCUUUUGUAUGUGCCUACCUGCCUUCGGUGCAGUUGUUGGCUAUCAUGAACUACUGCAUGCCUGACAUGUAUGAGAUGCCUCAUGGCGUGGGCGGUGGCUACCCGUUGCAGGGCGGUGGGGAAUACUGCAUGUAUGGAGGUGAUGGUCCCGGGGGAUACUGUGAGCCCCAGCCCAUGAACCCCAUCCACCCUCCCUGCAUGGAGCAGGCUUGGCCCCCAAGCCAGCCCUAUGCCUGCUCCUACCCAGGACCCAACCCUGUGUUCAAAAGUGAAUACUGCAACAUGGAAGUGCCUCUCAGCCACUACCACCACCAGCCUGACUACUAUUCUGAGGGGAAGUCUGACUUCUCCCACAUGCAGUGGAUGCAAGAGGUUAACAAGAAAGGGUACAUCCCUAGUUACCUGGACAAGGACGAGUUAUGUGUGGUAUGUGGGGACAAAGCUACAGGAUAUCACUAUCGCUGUAUCACCUGUGAAGGUUGCAAGGGUUUCUUCCGGCGGACGAUCCAGAAGAACCUGAACCCGACGUACGCGUGUAAGUACGAGGCGAAGUGCAUCAUCGAUAAGGUGACCAGGAACCAGUGCCAGGAAUGUCGCUUCAAGAAGUGCAUCACUGUCGGCAUGGCAACAGACUUGGUGCUGGACGACAGCAAGCGGCUCGCCAAGCGGAAGUUGAUCGAGGAGAACCGUGAGCGGCGGCGGAAGGAGGAGCUCCAGAAGACGGUGUGGGACCGGCCUGAGCCGUCUCAGGAGGAGUGGGACCUGAUCCGCAUGGUCACCGAGGCCCACAUGUCAACUAACGCCCAGGGCAACCACUGGAAACAGAAACGGAAGUUCUUGGUCGAGGAAGCAAUGCUACUUAAUGAAAUAACUUGUAAUUUAUUCUAUACUUCUGACCAGAGUGCAGUGGGGGUGAAGGAAACCAAGCCCGAGGACAUUGGUCAAGCACCGGUCAUAAAUGCACCUGAAGGGAGCAAAGUGGACAUAGAAGCCUUCAGUCAGUUUACAAAAAUUAUCACCCCCGCCAUUACCCGAGUGGUGGACUUUGCCAAAAAGCUGCCUAUGUUCUGUGAGCUGCCUUGUGAAGACCAGAUUAUCCUAUUGAAAGGCUGCUGCAUGGAGAUCAUGUCUUUACGGGCGGCCGUUCGCUACGACCCCGAGAGUGAGACGCUGACGCUUAACGGAGAGAUGGCCGUGACCCGCGGCCAGCUGAAGAACGGAGGCCUGGGUGUGGUGUCGGACGCCAUCUUUGAUUUGGGCGUGUCGCUGUCGUCGUUCCACCUGGACGACUCUGAGGUCGCUCUGCUACAGGCCGUCAUCCUCCUGUCCUCCGACCGUCCGGGGCUGACCAGCGUGGAGCGCAUUGAGCGCUGUCAGGAGGAGUUCCUUCUGGCCUUUGAACAUUACAUCAACUACCGUAAACACAAGGUGGCGCAAUUCUGGCCCAAGCUGCUGAUGAAGGUGACGGACCUGCGGAUGAUCGGGGCGUGCCACGCCUCCCGCUUCCUGCAUAUGAAGGUGGAGUGCCCCAACGAACUUUUCCCCCCACUCUUCCUGGAGGUCUUUGAGGACUGACGGACAGACGGAGGGACAAACGCGCACACACACCGUGCCGAGGUGUGUGUGUUUGUCGGGGUGUGUGUUUGUGGGCGCCUGUCGGGGGCUACGACAGUGGGCCUCAGAGUGGCUCUAGGCAUCUUGGGACACGUUGUUGGAACUCUCAUUAGCACUACUGAGUCACUUCAUUCCAUAGCUUAGGUAUAGCCUAGCUUCUCAGCCUAGGUCUUAUGGAUUUCACCAUCCCUUACGAUGCGGGUACAUGUGAAUAGCAUUUUCUUUUGUUUUUUCUUUUGUAAAUGUUUCACUUCUACUCAGUUACUUCUCUAUAGGUUUUUUGUGUUAAUUGUACAGUCAGUCAGUCGGCUUAUUGGUGAUUAUGUCUAGUUGUUGUCGUCGACAGCGCUCGUUAAGUCAGUCAUAUGAACCAUGCAACGUGUAGUGUUUAAUUUUAGUCCAGUUUAAUACUGAGUACUGACUCCACCAAUCCUGAGAAGGUCAGUACUGUACGAGACAGUGACAGACAGCAGAAGCCAUUUAACCUGCAUUCCCUUCCUUUUCGUAUUCUCUUCCUACGAGACUUCCCCAGUCAGAGGAUGUGUAGUAGCUUUCAUAUAGGUGUCCCUCUGGUGCUGGUCUUCUGUGAGAGCUAGAUAUAUACCUGCUCAGUGCUGCCAUUCUGCAACAUUCAAAUACACUCUUACUGUAUUCACAUCAUUCACACCAUAGAAAUAGAAAUAGUAGAACAGACAUUCUCAUUCCAGUCAAUGUUUUGUAAUGGGAUGGCUAUUCUUAUUCUAAUGAUGUUUCUAUGAUUCACACCACAAGCUCCACCUUGAGUAAACCUAGGCACAUUUCAAAACAAUGGCAAGGCACAACACUAAAUAACUCAUCCACGUAGAAAGAGCUAAAAGACGGCUUGUUUCUCCUCUUCUCCAUUAAACCUAAAUGAUCAGGACAGAUAUAAAAGCACACUUUCACAUGAAGUCAGGAAAAAGAUUAAAGCCAUUCUAUAACUAUCUCUUUUUUUGAAUGAUGCCACUCAUGCAGUGCCCAAAAAAUGAGGGAAUUCAUCCAAUCGUUUUGGAUUGUUUCCCGGAACCAGGAUGCAUGUUCAAACCUGAUCUGAUCAGUGACUUCUUCUAGAACAUAGAACAUGCUUCCGGCUCUCAUUCACGUUCUAGAGUGUAGACACGCAUCAUGAAACAGAACGUUAUUGAAACAGAGAGAAUGUUCUUGUUGUUGUCACUAUGGCCUGUAGUUCCUGAGCUGCAGAUGGACAACCCAGACAGACAGACAGAUAGACAGACAGACACUGAGCUGUGAUGCAGGCAGAACUUCCUCCUGCUGUCUCAAGAUCCCAUGGGAACUAUUGAACUAUUGAUGUUAAUGUGUCAUAUUAUAUUCUCAACAUGUGAGUUACAGUAAGUGAUCAUGGUGAUGAUGCUUCUAUAAGGACUUGUUGUUGCUAUGAUACUUGCUAAUUGGCUGAUUCAUGCCUGUAUGAAUGACAUGUGGGUGGAGUCAGGGGGUCAAACCCUUCCUAUGUUGACCACAGUCAGUGGAAUUCUGAGUCAGAGGAGAGAAUCGCUGCCACUAGGGGUGUAUUGGUACACGUAUUUAUACCGAACCGUUCGGUAUGUGGACCUCGGUUUGGUCCGGUCCGCACUGUGAACCCGAAUGAAUACAUAAAACAAUAUUUAAAAAAUUAAUACUAGGCCUAUAGGCAAUGCUUACGCUGCGUUGUAUGCCUCUUGAGUAAAUCUGAGCUGAAAAACAUGUCAGGCUAUUCCGUUAAAACAACUAGAGCUUUUGCACACGUUGUAGGCCAAUCAAAAUGAGAAUCUUAAUUGGCGCAUUUCAAACUGUUCUUUUGUGAGGCGCAGCAUCGUCGUUUAAAUCUCCAGUUUGGGAACAUUUUGGCUUCCCAGUAGAUUACAACGGCGAUGGACAGAGAGUAUAUCGCCACUGCUCAACGAGAAUAGCCUAUGCAGCUGCCAACACCUCAAACAUGUUGACACAUUUACGCCAACAUCGCCCCAGUAUUCCUACCACCCGAGCAAGACGGAAAUGAAAAAAAACACUAACACAACUUCGUCUCUUCAUUCAAGCAGCCACCCGCAGCUGAUUCUGACUGGUCCAAAGACAUAAGAGCGAUAGGUAUGUUUAUAGCCACGGAUAUGCGCCUAUUCUUGGUGGUUGAGAAUAGGGGUUUCAGCACCUCAUGAAAGUGCUCGAGCCACGUUACGAAAUUCGCCCUCGCACCCAUUUCAGCAAACAGAUAUACCCGCUCUAUAUAAGCAAGCUAAAGCCAAUGUUGUCCAUGAAUUGCCAAUAUAACCUGUGUUGCGCUUACUACAGAUGGAUGGACCUCCAUGGCAACAGAGAGCUACUUAACAGUGACAGGCCAUCACAUUACCCCGGAGUGGGAAAUGAGAAGUACCGUGCAACAGACACGCCCCCUUUGAGAGUCACAAUUGCACAUAUUUUUCUCUUUGUAAGAAAACGUUAUACAUUUACAUUUUUUCUAUAUACCAUGUCUGAGCCAUAUUUACAUAUUGAUUUCACACGUAUAUUGCACUUUUUAGUGUUGUUGAUGAGUAAUCGUGUGUUUUCAUUUAAGAAAAUAGUGUUGGAAUUUCUGAUUGUGCUCUCAUCAGGCAUUAUAUAACUCCUGAUCAUAUAUGGAAUCAGGAAUACCAACACUUUGUAUUUUCUUAAAUAAACAAAAAUUAACUACAGUAACUGUUGGCAUUUCAUUUUCCCCGCUGUACCGAAAUCCAACCAAAUCGUGACCCCAAAACCACAAUACAUACAGAACCGUGGGUUUGGUGAGCCAUUACACCCCUUACUGCAACAUUAAUUUAAUUUAAAACUUUUAAAAAACUAAAAAGAUGAUACAUCAGCAAGGUACAGAGAAAAACUUGAUGAGAUUGACAAAUAUUCUCUUUAUUUUGGUUGUAUAUUUCAACAAAAAAACGUAUGAUAUUGUGGUUUGUUUGCAACAGGUAUAAAAAAAGACUGCGUCAAAAUCCAACUAUUACAAGCUUCACACUUCUCCUCAAAGCAGCUUGUGUUUUCUCUGUAAAAGUGAUGCCUUUCAUAAAGCAAUAGACUUUGCAGUGUUUGAAUGACUAGGACCUCACAAUUCACACAGUUAACAAUGCACAGACAAUCAGAGAGAGACAGACAGGUAAUCGGAAACAGGACGUGGCACAGGGUCCAAUUACUUCCUGGUUCACAAGUUGAACGGGGACACGGGCUAAGUCAGUAGCCCUGGAAUGAGUUUUGACAAUCAGCAUUUUUCAGGCAAUUCGUUUGAGAAAGGCAACAGCAGCGCAGAAUGGCUAAUCUUGAUCACAUAAUGAGUAGUUAUUUGUGAUGCAAGGUGAUUUGUAGUCGAUCUCAAACAUGCACACUGCCGAAUGUUACCUUAUUCCACAAGAUACUUCUUAAAGCGCCAGUGUGGUAUUAUCUCUCGAAAGAGUGGUCACUCUUAACUCAGUUACAAACCAAUAACAAAUGUUGCACCAAUAGAAAAGAAGCUAUUUUACAGUACUACAGAGGAUAAAAGGAUGUAUAUUUUCAGACUGCUGAAUUUUUUUACAGAUAUUGUAUGAACAUUUAACUGUUUUAUGUAAAUAAAUGGAAAAAACAAUCUCUCAAUUUCAUUGCAAAACCACAACGACAUACUGUUUUAGAUUUAACUACGUGAACAUCAUGAACUAUAAGAUUCAUAGACAGAUUGAAGUGUUAGUUUCACCUUGACAAAAUAUUGGUUGGUUACUGUAUGGAACUAUAUCAGUGGUGGCUGGUGGCACUUUAAAUAGGGAGGACGGGCUCAUUGUAUUGAAUAAGAAAUGAAAAGUGGUCUCAAACGCAAACAUCUGGUUUCCAUGUGUUUGAUACCAUGCCAUUCACGCCAUUCAUUAUUAUGAGCCGUCCUCCCCUCACCAGCCUCUGAACUAUCAGGAAAAAGACUGAAGAAAGACCAGCUCCAUUUCUGAAAGCGUCACAAAUAUCAGCCAAGCAAAUCCGACUCACAAAUGAUUUACUUGUGUUUUCUUGUCUUAUUGUUUUAGCAGACAAAUACCAACAAUUCGUGGUUCAUGAUGUAGUAAACGUUUAUCAAUGAUAUCCAGAAUAUUGGAUGACAAGUAUUUGGAGUGAGAGUGAGAGAAUGUACUUAGUGUGUGGUGUUAGUCUAGAUGAUUGAGAAGGAGUCUGUGGGUGUAAUGUGUUUUUGUACCAAAUGUAAACAUGUUGCACACAGUGUUGCCUAUUGAGUUGAAUCUGACGUGUUUUGGACAGACAGUGUUUUGACUUGGUUACCUUGGAAGAAAAGACAAGUUGAAAUAAAAUAAAGAUAACUGAAUUUGGA